GCGGAGCUAGCCUGGAGCAGCGGAACCCCGCCUAGUCCUGGGGCGGGUGGUGGCAGAGCCGCACAUGCGCCCUGCAGCCUCUCCCGGUAGUGGAUUCCUUGGUAUUGAGCGCGAAACCCGCGGAAAUGAACCCUUUAACGAAAGUGAAGCUGAUAAAUGAGCUGAAUGAGCGAGAGGUCCAGCUUGGGGUGGCGGAGAAGGUGUCCUGGCAUUCCGAGUACAAAGAUAGCGCCUGGAUCUUCCUGGGAGGACUUCCCUAUGAACUUACUGAAGGAGAUAUCAUUUGUGUAUUCUCACAAUAUGGGGAGAUCGUUAACAUUAAUCUGGUGCGGGACAAGAAGACUGGGAAAUCCAAAGGAUUCUGUUUCCUCUGUUAUGAAGACCAGAGGAGCACAAUUCUGGCUGUUGACAAUUUUAACGGGAUAAAAAUUAAAGGAAGAACUAUCCGAGUGGAUCAUGUGUCUAACUAUCGGACUCCUAAGGAAUCAGAAGAAAUGGAUAGUGUGACCAAAGAGCUCCAGGAGAAGGGCUGUGGGGCUCACACCCCCUCAUCAAAUUCAUCUGAAGGCUCUGAAGAGGACAAACCCACCAAAAAGCACAAAAAAGACAAAAAGGAAAAAAAGAAAAGAAAGAAAGACAAAGACAAGACUGAUCAGGAGGAACUGGCAGAGCAGCCAGCCUCCUCUUCAGCUCCUAGAAGCAAGAUGAUAAAGGAAAAGGAUGACCCUGGUUCUAAAAAGCACAGCAGCAAGAACUCAGAGAGGGGUCAGAAGCCAGAGUCUAGGGAGGUGCGGAAGCACCGCCCCAGUUCUCCUGAGGUCAAGACAACCUGCCACGGGAGAGCAGAGGACCAUGAGCGGGAGCUGAAGAGGGAGAAGUCCAAGCACGAGCACAAGUUCUCAAGCAGGAGGGAAGAAAGAGAAGAAAAAAACAGGGACAGAGGUCGAAGCUCAGACACACAUGAGGGGCAUGCUGAGGGACAUGGCCGUAGAAGUAGAAGUAGAAGUAGGAGCCGAGAUAAAUCCCAUAGGCCUAAAAAGGCCCGGCAUUCUCGAGACCUUGACCCCUCAAAUCCCAGUGACCGCAGGAAUUACUGAAGCUGAAGAAGCUACUCAGUGGAAUUAAAAAUAUAGUCAAAUUCAAUUAUGCUUUAUUGUUUCUGUAUGUAAAAUCUCUGAGGUUGUGUUCUUUAAUCCCUAAAGUAUUAGAGUUAUUGAUGGUGCAGUAGUUUCAACAGCCACAUGUCCUGGAGUUUGUUUGAUUUAAAACACUUUUAAAAAUACAUUUUUAUUGAUUUCAGAGAGGAAGGGGGGAAAUAGACAAAAACAUCAAUGAUGAGAGAGAAUUAUUGAUUGGCUGCCUCCUGCACGCCCCACAUUAGGGAUUAAGCCUGCAACCAGGGUAUGUGCCUUGACCAGGAAUUGAACUGUGAUCUCUUGGUUUACAGGUCGAUACUCAACUACUGAGCCAUAUUGGCCGGGCUGUGCUAGAGUUUUGAGCAAAAUUCAUUGUCCCUGAGAAUAUGCUUGGUGUUUAUCAGAGUAUGUAUCCUAAAAUUGGGUUUAUAAGCAUGGCCCUUGACUUUAUGACUCCAAUUAAUGAAAUGUCCAGGAAAAAAAUGUCCAGGAAAGUGGAAAUACCAGGGAAUUCUAGAAUUCUAGUCUUUGUGAUAGAAAUUUAGAUCUCUUGCAGUGACCUUUCCAGUUGGCAGGUAGACCCAUAGAGUAGAGAAGUAUGGCUUAACUAGGUUUGGACAGCUUGAUGUGAAUGUGAUAACGAUUCAUAACAUCAGCUUGCUUCUGCCACACUCCUUCCUGAUUUAAAAAAUUUAAACAUCUUUUUGAUUGAUAAAUGUCUCCACACUUUUUUUUGCAAUUUAUUUUUAUUGAGGUGAAAUUCAUGUAACCUCAAUAAAAGUAACCAUUUUUUAAAAAGUAAUCAUUUUAAAGAGAACAAUGUGGCACAUUCACAGUAUUAUCUAGUCCCAAUACAUUUUCAGUACCCUACCAUGAAACCCAGUACCCAUUAAGCAGUUAUUCCCCAUUUCCUCCUCCUUGUCCCUGGCAACCACCAGUGUGCUUUCCAUUUCUAUGACUUUACCUAUUCUGGACAUUUCAUAUCAAUUGAAUCAUACAACAUGUGGCCUUUUGUGUCUGGUUAUAAUUCACUUAGUAUGUUUUCAAGGUUCUUCCAUGAUAUAGCAGAGAAGUACUUAAUUCCUUUUUAUGACUUAAUAGGAUCCCAUUGUGUUUAUCCUUUCCUCAGUAGGUGGACAUUGGGUUGGUUAGCCAGGUCCAUUCUUUUUAAAAACUAUUGAAUUUAUUGGGGUGACAUUAAUUAAUAAAAUUAAACAGGUUUUA